AUGACGAAGAAAAUAGUACAGUCAGUAGUCAAAACACGGAGAACACGAAAGAGAUCAUCUACAAUUUUAUGGAACAAGAGCUACAAAUCCAAAACGCUCGGAACAAUUGAAUUCCAACGCGUUCACCGGGUAGGGAAAGAGAGAGGUAAGAAAUCGUGACCCAUCAUCGCAAAGUUCCUAGUUACUGCGACUGCGAAGAAAUCCUAUUUAAGGGGAGGAAGUUGUUAAAAGACAAGACUUACAGUGUUUUCGAAGACAUGCCAAAAGAAUUAAGAAAAGCACAACUCAAAAAACUACAGAAUGCGAAAGAGAGAGGUGACACAGCGUACUUUAGUAAAAAAUAUCCAGAUAAGCUUUUCAUAAACGGUAAAUAUAUCCCGUUAAAAUAACUUUCACUUUCCCUAAUAUGCCAAUAUGCUAAAUUACGAUAACUUAUCGUAACUUCUUUUUCUCUCUUUUUCUCUCACCACCUAUUUAAUUAUGUAAUUAGCAGAAACACAUCCGUUAACUGGUAAAUAAGAAAGCGAAGCUAAAGCCAAAACAGUUGUAUUCAGUACUCAGAUAAAUGGAGGUUGCCCUAAUAGAUAAUUGAUCCAAAACGGGAAAAGAGUCGGCAGUCUUUAAUCACACAUUCCUGGAGGAGGAUUAUGUCUUUGCAUCUGUAUUUUGUAAUUAUAUACGUUGGCUUAUGUUUGUCUUGAGUCAAUGCCUAUUUGUAGUUAAUAUACCAUAAUAUGCUUUAUACGUAAGAGUUCACGUCCUUUCUUAAUUAAUAGCAUCAGAAGUAUACAACGCUGGGUUGUCCUUCGUUCCUUCUGCACUCAAGCACUACACAUUUACGGUUAAAACUUCGCUUUAACCGUUAAUUUGAUGAGUUUGUUUAAACGUAAGGGGUAUUAGCAACUUUACCAAACGACGUACAAUUUAUACAUGGUGCCGUAAACAGAAGACUGAUGUUGUAUUUUUGCAAGAAACGCAUUCAAAGAAGGAGACAGAGGUGCAGUGGAAAAAUGAAUGGGGUGGCGAAAUACUUUUCUCAUAUGGAAGCCCUAAUUCAUGUAGUACAGCAAAAUUGAUCAGAAACAAUACCAAUUAUUCAGUUCUAUCGACAACUCGUUUUGGGUCGUUUUAUUAUACUAAAAAUCCAAAUCGAUGACAAAGUAUAUGUUCUUGUAAAUAUCUAUGCACCGAACAAAGGUAAGGAUCUAAUUUAGUUUUAUUAUAGAAAAUUACAUAGAAAAACAUAUUAUGGGGUGAUUUCAAUUGUCCUUAAAAUCCUAGGUCUUGAUAAACACGGUGGUGUCAUAUGAUUCCAAGAAGAGCAGCAAUUAAUAGCCUUGAAACUUUACAAAGCGAACUGGACUUAGUUGAUAUUUGGAGAAUUAAGAACGCUCAAACAAGAAGUUACACGUGGAGUCAAAAAUCCCCAACAGUUCUCUGUCGUCUAGAUUUUUGGCUUAUCUCUAACAAUCUCUGUGAUUUUAUAAACGCUACUGAAAUACAGCUUGCAAUACGUACAGAUCAAUCGCAGCAAUAACCUUACUUCUAGAAGACAUUGGAGAAAUAAAAGGUCCUGGUAUAUGGAAGAUGAAUGUUUCGAUCUUAGAGGAUGAAAACUACUUAGAACAGUUAAACAAGAGGGUGAAAUUGAUCUGUCUGACAAACGAUGCGUUUGGGACUGGAUCAAAUACAAUUAGAUUGCACGCUAUUAGCUACUCCAAAGAAAAAGCCAAACUUAAAUAUGAGAAAGAGCAGCGAAUUCAACAAGAACUUGAAGAUGCUAACAGGCUGUUUGAAAAUGACCCUAGUGCCUCAAAUAGAUUGCGUUUAGAUAAAAUCAAAGAACUUUUAUAUGAGGAAAAAGUAAAAGGAAUCGUCAUACGGGCAACAGCACGUUGGCAUGAGUAUGGU